AUGCGGAGUGCCCUGCUGUUGGCAGCCAUCCUGGUCCUCAGCCUGGCUCGAGGGGCUGUCUGCAAGAAGUCACAGGAGCAGAUGGUGCCUGAUAGGAGCCACAAGGAGGUAAAGUACUCCUCCAGCAGGACCUACCCUGGCAAAAAGCUCCCGGAUAUCAACCAGUUGCUCAAGACACUCUCUAGCAGUGGCUCAGUCUCUGUGGAUGAAUUGCUCAAAACUCUGGGCAAAGCUAGCAAGGAUCCCAAGACAUUGUCACUCUUCCAGAAACGCGAUAUGCAUGACUUCUUUGUGGGACUUAUGGGCAAGAGGAACAUCCAGCCAGACACUCCUAUUGAUGUGAACCAAGAGAAUGUCCGCAGCUUUGGUAGCCUCAAGUAUCCUCCCAGUGUGGAAUGA